CGUUGACAGAUUUGUGCUGCACAAGAUGUUCCCGUUGCACUCUAGCUUUAUGGAGGUCACCAGCUGCUCAGUGGAAGAUACAAUCUCAGUGCGGCUUAUGACGGUUUUCAAUGGUUUUGUGUACUUUGAUCAGUUCAAAUCCCCUGAGUGGUUCCUGUCCUUGUCUCUGGAAACAGCAGAGCUGAAGCAGCAUCUGAAGAAUAGAAAGCGACCUAGCUUCCACGUCCAUCCCUACUCGGCCUGGCCUCCUUCUAUGGAAUACAUCUCGGAGGAUUCAAAAUCUGAGGUUACUGGAAAAGGUGUUGAUUAUGUCGGUCUUGAGAGUACAGAAAAGGAUUCAUCUGUCCUUAUAAAAGCAUUACGAUCAUAUAAAGAAGCUUUGAUUAAGGAUGGUGACGCAAAUGUUGCAGAGAUAGAGGCCUUCUCACUUUGUAUUGACGCUGAGGAUGAGAAGAACUCUCUUGUGAGGAAACUCAUUGGUUUAGAUGAACUGUUAAUAACUGUGAGAGAUCGUCUUGAGGGCAAGGGCAGACUCUGAAUUCGCAGACUGUCAAUUCUACAGACAGAAGAUCGAGAUCGAAACAGAGAGCUGGUGGCAAAUGUGCAAGGGGAAGUUAUGGAGAGCUUUCUGCGCUAGCUGAAUAAGCCUAUCUAUUAGGAGUGAGUGAGUUUUUGUUGCGUUGGUACUUCAGGUUUUAGGUUCUGUGAUGAUGUUAUGUGCUAGGUUUCUGAAUAAACACUGAUGGCUGCGACCAUCAUUAGUAUUUGGUACGACUGGUUG